CUUCCUUCAAAUAUAUUAUUAUUUCCCUUUUCUCUCCCUUAACUUUCUUGUAUAUUCCAUCUUUGUCCUCAUCUUCAUAAAUACUCCUGGAUCCGACAACAACAUUUUCCUGAAUCAAAUGCUACUUCGAUUCAACUUUUCUUAAAGGGCUUUGCUUCAACGGCGCCUGUUGUUGCAUUUCUGUAAAUUUCUGGAAAUUCUCUUUUUCUCCAGAUUUGUGAAAAAUGGCGGUGGCUGCUGGUCCUGUGACGCCUGGAGAGGUGUCAUUUCUUCUUGGAGUUAUUCCUGUCAUCGUAGCAUGGAUAUAUGCCGAGCGUUUAGAGUAUAAGAAGUCAUCAUCACCCUCUAAAGUGCAUUCAGACAAUAAUCUAGUGGAAAUGGAAAGUCAAACGAUCAAGGAAGAUGAUCGAGCUGUCUUGCUGGAAGGAGGUCUCACUAAAUCACCAUCUGUGAAGUUGUCCAGUUCAUCCAUUAAAAUGAACUUAAUUAGGUUCCUAACAAUGGAGGACUCGUUUUUGCUAGAUAAUCGAGCAACCCUUAGAGCAAUGUCCGAAAUGGGGGGAAUUUUGAUAUAUUUCUACAUGUGUGACCGGACAAAUUUGUUUGCAGAUUCUACGAAGAGCUACAAUCGGGAUCUUUUCCUCUUUCUUUACAUUCUUCUUAUCAUAGCUUCAGCAAUGACUUCUCUGAAAAAGCAUCAUGACAAGUCAGCAUUCUCUGGGAAAACCUUGCUUUACCUAAAUCGCCAUCAGACAGAGGAGUGGAAAGGAUGGAUGCAGGUCCUAUUCUUAAUGUAUCACUAUUUUGCGGCAGUUGAGAUAUAUAAUGCUAUUCGUAUUUUUAUUGCUGCAUACGUCUGGAUGACUGGUUUUGGUAACUUUUCCUAUUAUUACAUCAAGAAGGAUUUUAGUCUGGCUCGGUUUGCUCAGAUGAUGUGGAGGCUAAACUUUUUUGUGGCAUUAUGUUGCAUCAUCCUUAACAAUGACUACACGCUGUACUAUAUUUGCCCCAUGCACACGCUUUUCACUCUGAUGGUGUAUGGUGCCCUGGGUAUUGGCCAUAACUAUAACGAGAUAAGAUCAGUUAUGGCUUUGAAAAUCUUUAUGUGCUUUCUUGUGGUAAUUGUGAUAUGGGAAAUUCCUGGAGUUUUUGACCUCAUAUGGAGUCCUUUCACUUUUCUACUAGAGUACACUGAUCCUGCAAAGCCUGAUCUUCCUCGACUUCAUGAAUGGCAUUUCAGAUCUGGACUUGAUCGCUAUAUAUGGAUUAUUGGAAUGAUAUAUGCCUACUUUCAUCCCAAUGUUGAAAAGUUGAUGGAGAAAUUGGAGGAGUCUGAACCCAAGCGUAGACGAACUAUCAAGACAUUCAUUGUUACAGCUUCAGUAGUUGUUGGGUACUUGUGGUAUGAAUAUAUUUACAAGCUGGACAAGGUUGCUUACAACAAGCUCCAUCCAUACACAUCGUGGAUUCCCAUAACUGUUUACAUCUGUUUGCGGAACUUUACCCAGGAGCUUCGAAAUUUCUCAUUGACUCUAUUUGCGUGGCUUGGCAAAAUUACUCUAGAAACUUACAUCUCACAGUUCCACAUAUGGCUGAGGUCAAAUAUGCCUAAUGGACAGCCUAAGUGGCUACUGUCAUUUAUUCCAGAUUACCCUAUGCUCAAUUUCAUGCUCACAUCUGCAAUUUAUGUCCUGAUAUCCUGUAGGAUUUUUGAACUAACGAAUACUCUGAAGGGAGUUUUUGUUCCCACAAGAGACAACCAGAAGCUGUUUUACAACUUGGUUGCUGGAGCUGCAAUUUCUGUGUGUCUAUACAUCAUUUCUUUCAUUCUUCUUCAGAUUCCUCAUUAAUUGUCUGAAACUGUUAGAAAGUUCUUUCCACAUUUGCACAUACAGAUGAAACGUAUGGGGUAAAUUUCUAGGAGAUGGAAGGUUUUGCUACAAAGGUAGCUUAUAAAGCUUUUUGUAUUUCCAACAAUUUUGUGGAACAGCGCAUACAAUUGCUCCAUUGAAGACUCCGAACAGAUGUUCCAUUUACCCCACAACUGAUUGGCGGAGGAUAAACAAAUAUAGGAACAAAAUCUUUGUAAAAUUCUGGACUAUAACGUGCCAUAUUCUUUAUAUAUUUUUCUAUUUUUUGCCCUUGAUAAAUCUUGUGUAGCAAUUAUUGGUCUGAAAAAUGUAGGCAUGUAGGUUUAGAUGUGUAUUCUCCAGCAACAGCUUGUAAUUGGUAAUGGAAUUUUUGGAUGACUUCCAUUUC